CUUGAAUCCCUCCACGAUAAUGUCUGCUCUGACUGGAACAACGCAUGCGCUUUCUCUCCCCGAAAUCCUGAAUCUUGUACUUGGAUGGAUCUAUGCAGACGACAUGUAUCAUGCAACAGUCAGACGCCACGGCGCUGAUGCUGCCGACUGGUUCAGUGUUCCUCUCGCGCCGGAUUCGACUGAUGAAGAGGACGAGGAGGACUGGGAGAUUCUCUACUUCAGCAAUGCUCACGUGCUUGUCCGCUGUGCGCUCGUCAACCACGCCUGGUUCUACGAGGCCGUCCCUUACUUGUGGAGGGACCCCUGCACGUACAUGUCCGACUCAUUACACUCCCACUUCAGCGGGAUUUCCUCUCUAGAGAGAAAACAGUUCUAUGCGAAUUUUGUGCGCGUCGGGAAGGAGACUACCUCUGAUGGAGCCGGAAAGAGUCGACUCAAUGCACAGGAACUGUUGCUGGAGGGUCCGGACUUUCCUCGUCUCGAGGAGAUGUCCAUCUACCUCGACGGUUCUGGGGCUUGGAUACCACCCAUCCGCGGUGAUAAUGUGCGGGUGUUGACGCUGGAUCCCUCCUUCGACGUGAAUCCUGAUACGUAUCGCGUGAGCCGGGCGGACAUGGAUGGAAUUCUAGAUAUUUUGCCCAUCUUCUUCCCAAAUGCUCAAACAGUCGAAUUCUUGGAUUCGUGUUUGGCGUUCCCUGGCGCACUCGAACGCUUCCAAGCGCGCAUGCCUAGGUUGGAGACCUUUGACCACACUCUAGACGCGAGCACGGGCUGUAGUCAUUGGGAGCUGAUGGACGUUGACCAGGACCGCAUCACACGCGUGCCAUCCCCUGCCCCACCGACCCUUCCACCACCACCGCUCUCAUAUGAUGAACAUCGUUCUAACCAAACUCCUCUCGUUAUCGACAACGGGUCUACGUAUCUGCGGUACGGCUUCGCCACCUCAGAGAAUCCACGGUCCGGUUUGAACGUGGUCGCGAAGUACAAGGAGCGGCGGACCAACAAGCCUCUUCUUUUGUUUGGUGACGGGGUAGAGGUGGAAGGUGGCGCGAAGAUCCAGGCGCGGACGCCAUGGGAGGGGGAUGUGCUACUCAAUUCCGAAGCGCUAGAAAACGCGCUGGACUACGCGUUCGUGCAGCUGAGUAUCGAUGCGGAGACGGUGGAACACCCGAUGAUCAUGACGGAGCGGUUGUGUUCGCCAAUGCAUUCUCGUGCUAUCACAUCAGAGCUGCUUUUCGAGCAGUACGGCGUUCCCUCAGUGGCAUACUGUGUCGACUCGAUCAUGUCAUUCUACCAAAAUAACGGGCCCUCUGCAGAUGGUCUCGUGCUUUCUUUCAACACCGCGUCGACAUCCGUGAUCCCUAUUCUCUCGGGCAAGGGGAUCCUCAGCCACGCGAAGCGUAUACCGUGGGGCGCGUCCCAGUCCGCUGACUACCUCCUGAAGCUGGUCCAGCUCAAGUACCCGAACUUCCCCACACGAGUCACCCCACCCCAGUCUCAAUGGAUGCUGCAAAAUAUGUGCGAGUUUGCGCCGGACUACCUGUCGCUGCUGCGGUCGUUCAAAUAUUGUGAUGUUUUACGAGCGCAUGAUCGGAUCGUCCAGUUCCCCUUCGCACAGCUUGUGCAAGAGGAAAAGUCGCCCGAAGAGCUUGAGCGGGCUGCUGAGCGCCGGAGAGAGCAGGGCCGGAAACUCCAGGAGAUGGCUGCGAAAAUGCGUACGGAGAAACUCGAGCAGAAGGAAACAGAUUUGCAGUUUCUGCAUACUUUGCGCGACGGAAAGGAUGGGGAAUCCAAGAGAGAUUGGAUGGCAAGUUGCCUUCGUCUUCCUUGCCCCUGUCCCACUAUCAAGAAACUAGAGUCAGAUUUGAAGAAAGCUCGGAGGAAGGAUGCGGUGGAGGAUGACGAGGAACCGAAUUUCCCGCUUGUGGAUGUUCCUGACGCUGAGCUGGAUGAGGAAGGUCUGAGAGAAAAGAAGAAGCAAAAACUGAUGAAGGCGGGUUUCGAGGCCCGUGCCAGAGCGCGGAAGGAGAAAGAACGAGAGCGAGCGGAACAGGAAGAAGCCGAGCGACGAGAGGAGCAGGAGAGAGAACAAGAUCUGGGUGGCUGGAUUCGCAAAAUGCGUCAGGAGCAGGAGGCACUUAUGGCGCGCAUCAAAGAACGUAACCGUCGAAAAGCAGCUCUCAGUGACCGGAAGAGUGCUGCAGCUCAAGCGAGGAUGAAAAACAUCGCCAGCCUUGCAGCAGAUGAGCGCGCACCAAAGAAAAAACGCAAGGGCGGGGGCGAGGAUAACUUCGGAGCGAAUGAUGCAGAUUGGGCUAUCUAUCGGAAGAUCAAUAUAGCGGCGCCUUCAGAUGACGAGGAAGAGGACCUCAAUCAACUGCAGACCAUUGAGGGCAAGCUUCUAUCCUACGAUCCGACCUUCACAAUCCUGGAAACCCACGCAUCCUUGGUGUUGAAGCGGUCUGAACUGCUCACGACGCUGCGCCCUGUGUACGACGAAAACGACAUUGAAGGCUCAUACCGAGUUCAUCUGAACACCGAGCGAUGGCGGGUGUGUGAAACGUAUUUCGCUCCGGGAAUGGCAGGCGUCGACUCUGCCGGACUAGGAGAAGUCAUACAGAACGUUUUGGCCCGGUUUACCAGCUCCGAAAAAGAAAAACUAGUGCAGAACGUCUUCCUCACUGGUGCCCCGACUCAGUUUCCCGGUCUAAGCGAACGGCUGCAGCUGACGAUGCGGCCGAUACUUGCACCGGAAAUGCAAAUCAAUAUCUGCAAGGCUGAAGAUGUCAGUGCCGACGCGUGGCGCGGGAUGGCGCGAUUCGCGAAAUCAGACGAGUUUGCCGGUGUCGGUGUCACGAGGGCGGAAUAUGACGAGUAUGGGGGCGAGCGAACACGACGGUGGUGGGGUGGGAACUGGAAUUGAUUUGGUUGCGUAGCUUUCUUGCUUUGUUGUAUGCUAUCUGUACGUGCGGUGCAAUCCAGACUUGUCGCGAUUGUCA